GCCGUAGGUAGUUGUCCAAGUAUCCGCCGCGUAACAUGCGCAAAUCUGCGCGCCAGUCGGAGAAAAGCGCGUCGUCGCGGUCGCAGCAACUGCAGCAUCUUCAGAACGCUCGCCGCGCGGCGCUAGGACUCGGAGUAAACGCUGACGACGAGGAGGAGGACAAUGACGAGGUAGAGUGGCACCCAGACGACGAGGACGAGUCGUCCGUGUCGUCGGGAGGCGAGGACGACGAAGAUGACCUGAGGCCUUCACACACGAAACCUCGAUCUGGCAACCUUACGAGAAAACGAUCGCUCAACGCAAUGCAAGACGGCACCAUAUCAAACGACAUCACGGCCGCCGCGAAACGGCGCGAACGUACCGACGUGACAAUGUCGAGCAACCCAAAAGACCCACGGCAACGUCGUCAAGCUCCUGUCAAGAGCGAGCUCACCAUUCCCAGACAAGAGAAGAACCCAAAGGAUCCAAGGCAGCGCCGCGCCGUUGGACCUCGUGCCACCGACCAACCCUCGUCGACCAACGUGAAGGUUGCGUUGCCCAUCUACACGGACUCAUCAGACGAAGACGAAGUGUUGCUGAAGAAGCCGAAAUCCAUCUUGAAGCGGUCACAGCAUACCAAGUCACAGCUUCCUCUCGCUCCGCCAUCGAAUGCAACCUCGCAAGUCGUCGUAUCUGGCGGCAUUGGCUGGGCCGGCAGCACUGUGUCUCAGACGACGAAGCCGCUGGCGUUACACAAGCGGCCGAAUCGCCAACGCCAAGCGCAGUUGCUUCGGCCUGUUAUGAGCUCGUCGAACGCCCUCAGCCAGUUCUACGAAGACAUCAUGGACUGGGACGUUGGCGCCGCGCUCGUACAAGACGCCCAUCCUUCGGCCACCGCCAAACAACCGGACAAAAACUGCUGCGACGACGUUGUGCCGAGCACGUUUGAGUCGUUUGAGCACUACUUUGACGUGUGGAAACCGCUGGCAGUCCAGGAAGUCCACGCGCAAUCCAUCAACGGCCUCUCGUCCGACCUCCCGCCCGCGCUUCCCGUCACGACCCGCACCAACGUGCUCGCGACGGUGGGCGUGUCGACGAUCAAGGUGUCAGUACUCAUUAACCGCGGCGCCAAUCCGACCAAGAAGCAACUGCUUCAACUGGACGACAUUCGAAAGGACGACCUGGUGCUACUGACACCCGACAACACGUACCUGACCCGGCGCAUGCGAGGACCGUCCAAGCCAGACGACAUGCUCUUGACGACAUCGUGUGGCAUCUUGGGCAUUGUCGACUCGCAGCGGUCGUCCAGGGAAGGGCUGGUGGUGGUCGUAACGUCCAAGAAAUGGCGCGAGCUGUCGGGCGGGGGUCACAAAGACGCGGCGCCGCCCCUCUUUGUAUUUAAGCUCAACAACCUCGUGACGAGUUUUCGCGAGUUUCGCGCGCUGUGCCAGUGCCGCGAGUACAAGCUCAUGCCGCUGCUCUUGUCUGGCAAAGCGCAGCCGCCGUCCACAAAGCUGGAUAGCCUCGGCAUGGCGUACGUGCAAUGGCUGCGCAAGACGUUCAACGAGUCGCAGCAAGAGGCGAUCGCGGCGGCUGCCACGUCCCACGGGUUCACAUUGAUCAAGGGACCCCCGGGCACGGGCAAGACCACGACACUCAAGGGGCUGCUCAACUCGCUCCAUUUGAGAGAGUACAACCGGUACUACAACGCUGUGCUGGACGUGGCGCGACGGCCAGACCAUGAAACGUCCAAGGCGUGGGCGGCUAUUGGCGACGAAAAGCCACAUAUUCUCGUGGCGGCGCCAUCUAACAUUGCUGUUGACAACAUUGUGGCCAAGAUCAUGGAGGAAGGGUUCUGCGACGGAGAAGGGCGGCAGUACUUUCCCAACAUCAUUCGUGUGGGUCGAGGCGCGAACGUAAAUGUCAAGAGCGUUGUGUUGGAAGGGAUGGUCGAGUCGUUGUGUUCGCAGCCCCAGGAAGCGGUGGAAAUGCGAUGUCGGCAGCUCCAGCAUGAACUGUCCGUGGUUCAAAACGAUGCUGUGGUGCUGCGCAAUGAAUUUCGAGCUAUUAUUAAGUGGAUCCACGACCUUGUGGACGAUGCAAACAAGACGCACGCGGCGGCAGUCGCCAUCGUCGUCGACGACGUGGCUCCUCCUCCCAUCGUAGACCACCACAGCGCCGCCGCACCACCCGACGCGACUCCGGCGGCGUUGGCGGUCUACCGAUCCGACUCGGAGGACGACGACGCUGCGCACGUGCCGUUUUCCUGCGACGAGGUGACUGUGCACGUCGGCGAUGACGAUUUGGAUGAAGACGAGAUGGACGAGCCAUUUGUGCCGGUGGAAUGUGGCGACGAGUCUGACGAGGUCGACGAGCCGUUCGCCAAUGGAGCUACCGCCGCCGCCGCCGCCGAAAUGCACCAAGAUGGCGACGAGGAAGACGUGGACGAGCCGUUGGUGCCCGUGGACCUGGCGGCGGGUUCCGCGGAGGACGGCGAGUGCAGCGACAUUGAGCCGCCCCCUCCCCCCCCAUCCGACGACAUCGUCACCGCCAUCCCUCGACUUCCACCGUCACACGAGCCAGUGAUUAUAGACUACAACGCGUACAAGCCGUACAAAGACAUGGCCCAACGCAUCAACUUGUGCCUCGAACGCUUUCACUCGCUCAAGCUCGAAUUGCAGCGGUAUGCCAUGGUCCGCCGGUCGAUGGAAGCGCACGGACGCGUGGUAAAAGAGACCCAGGACACGCUCGAGUCGUCGUUCCUAGAGUCGGCGCACAUUGUCUUUACCACGCUCAGCUCGGCGGGCCAUCGGGCGCUGGACGACUCAAGUCGCUACGAUAUUCUCGUUAUUGACGAAGCUGCGCAAGCCGUCGAGCUGUCCACGAUCAUUCCCAUGCGGUUUGGAAGCCGCCAAUGUGUGCUGGUGGGCGACCCGCAGCAGCUGUCUGCGACAGUGUUUUCGCGCACGUCGGCGCAGUCGCUGUACGAACGGAGUCUGUUUGAGCGCCUCGAGAGCUGCGGCCACCCCGUGCACAUGCUGCGGACCCAGUAUCGAUCCCACCCGACGAUUUCGGCGUUCCCGCGGCAGUACUUCUACGGCGGGCUGCUGCAAGAUGGAGAUAACGUCCGCCAACCAACAUAUGCCAAAAUGUACCACGGCCUCGCGCCGGCAUUCAAGCCGCUGGUGUUUUGGAACUUGGUCAGUUCCCGCGAAGCCAUGAGCAGCAUGUCCCGGACCAACCCGAUGGAGGUCAAGCUAGCCGUCAACUUGUACCUGACCCUGCGCAACUCUUGUCCGCCCGAUGCCAUCCGCGGCAAAGUCGGCGUGAUUACGCCGUACGCCGCGCAAAUGGAUGAGCUCAAGCGCGCGUUCACCGUCGCAUGCAAUGGCGAGUUUCACCACGACGUGGAAAUCAACACGGUGGACGGGUACCAAGGCCGCGAAAAGGACAUUAUCAUUCUGUCGACCGUGCGCUCGGACCCGCGCAAAGGCGUUGGGUUUCUCAACGACAUUCGCCGCAUGAACGUGGCACUUACCCGCGCCAAGUUUGCGUGUUAUGUGCUGGGGAGCGAAGCCGCGCUGCAAAACUCGACGCCGUGGGCCGCCUUGCUGGACCAUGCGCGGGGUACGGGGUGUCUUGUGAACGUACCAAACCCCCAGGAAAAUCUGUUUACACUCGUACCUGCGCCGCCCGGCCCCCCUCGCGGGGUCGUGAUCCCCCACAACAACCCUCGGCAUCAUCCGGGCGGACGAGGAGGUGGUCCAGUGCAUCGCAAUCAUCAUAGUUUUCAGGGUGGGACUCAUGGCGGAGGCCGAGUCUCCCCCGCGAAUCGACGCGGGGGCGGAAGGGGAGGCGGCGGACGAGGAGGCCGUGGACGAGGGCGAUUUGGCGGACGUGGGGGUCGUGAAAGCCACCAAUCGCCUCAUCCGCAACACAACCCCCCUCCGCACCAACUCCACCAACAGCUUCCAUAUACCCCACACCAACAACUCCCGCAACCCCCAUACCACCCACUUGCACCCCCCCCCCCACCACCCCAUAGAAUGUAAUCCCAUAUUUAAUCAAGACAAAAGCCAUCGAGAUGUGGUAGUGGU